CCGGCCGGAAGUGCCGCCCCCGCCCCGCUCUCUGGGGGCGCAGCCGCCGCUGAUGGCCGCCGCCCGCCGGCGGCGCGCAGGGACCGGGCGCAGGCCGGGAGCCCACACGGCGGCACACACAGCGCGGAGAGGGUGAUCUUCACAGAAACUCCUAAAGGCUUCAAAGAUUUAUUUUGGGCAAAACAGAUGAGAGACAUUCUGAUAAAGUAAAAUGGAUCCUUGUUCAGUUGGAGUUCAGCUCCAAGCCACCAAUGAAUGCCAUAAGACCUAUUACACCCGUCACACCGGCUUCAAGACCAAACAAGACAUCUCUUCAUCUGACCUGCUGCUGCUUCAGCUCAGGACUGGGAUAACCCUGUCAGAGAGCAACACAAUCUGCCUCCACCAUGCCAAAAUUUACAUUGAACGGUUUGAAGACUUACAGAAAUCCUGUUGUGACCCCUUCAACAUCCACAGAAAACUAUCAAAGAAAAACUUGCGAGCAAUUGACUUAGACGAUGCAGCUUUUCUAAGUGCCAAGUUUGGAAGGCAGUUUGUUCCAGGUUGGAAGCUUUGUCCCAAAUGUAUGCAGAUAAUAAAUGGAAGUGUGGAUGUGGAACCUGAGGAGCGACAAAGGAGAAGGCUGGAUCCAGAUGGGCGUACAGCCAAGGCUUUAAAGUCACUCCAGUUUGCUAACCCAGGACGACAAACGGAGUUCACUCCAGAGACCAGUAAAAGGGAAAAAAGAAGGCAAACAAAAAUCUCAGUGUUUAAUUCAGACAGGCAAGUUAUCCCAGCCAAGAGUAAGGUGUAUGACAGCCAGGGGCUGCUGCUGUACAGCGGGAUGGACCUGUGUGACUGCCUGGAUGAAGAUUGCCUGGGCUGCUUCUAUGCCUGCCCCAAGUGCGGCUCCAACAAGUGCGGCACCGAGUGUCGCUGCGACCGCAAGUGGCUGUACGAGCAGAUCGAGAUCGAGGGAGGGGAGAUCAUCAGGAACAAGCACGCUGGGUAGGGGACCCGUGCAUUAUUCCAUCCUGGAUGGGUGGGCCACGCUUUGGUUAAACACAGCAUGAGCAGCAUUUAAUUGAAUGGAAGCUAUUGGGACUUGCCAGGACCCACAUGAUGGGUGUGCUUGCUUUCACAGUCAUUUUCAGUGUGGUUAUGGACAUAACCAUACUGCUGUUUUUCACACUUGAGUUCUGCACUGCAGUUAGGCUUCUUAGCCGUGCAGGUAGGAUCUCACUCAACAGUACAAGGUGCUGAAUUCUAAUGUCAUCUAUCCUGAGAUGUGCACUGUUCUUUCAUUCAGUGUUUUAUAGGAUGCACUGUUUCUGUGUAUUCCUCAUUUCUCCUUCUCAGUUUCAGGCUCUCAUGGGUUUUAAUCUGUUUUAUGUGAAAUGCUGUGAAAGUUCUCAAAGAAUUUACAUGCAGUGUUAAUAGAACUCUCUUUCUAGAAUUAACAGUGAAUACUGGGUCUUCUAUAGAGUAUUGAAGCUACACCUGAUAAAUCCAAUCCUGUUCACUUAAGGAGUCAAAAUAAUUUUGUUGUUCAGGUCUCAUCCCAGUUAGUGGGAUUUGAGGUCAGAUUAUCCUUAUGAAUUCAUAAGGAUAUGAAUUCAUAUUAAUUCAUAUGAAUUCAUAUUAAAAUAUUGAAAUUAAGCUGUCAAGGCAUUGUGUUAAAGUAUUACUUAUUACUUUUUCUGUAGAACAAAAUUAAAAUAAUUUGUCUGUUAUCAGUCUGUGAUUGGACUGAACCAGUAUUUCAGCAUCCCUCUCUUGAGUUUUUUUCUUUUUUUACUGAUUUUUAACUUGAGUUUCUGUUUCCAAUUAUCUAGACUGUUAUCAGAAAAACCCAGAUGAAUGGACAGUAUCUUCGGUUGAUACAUUCUCUGUCUUCAUAAUAUUAAAGUUUUACACUAUAAAAAAACUUACUGAAAAGAUAUUAUAAAUUAAGUUCUAGUAACAUUUUUAUUCUUUGUAUUUUUGUUGUGUUUUGUAUAAUUUCCUAUUCUUUGAUGACUUGGAAGAUCUGCAUGUUUGUUAGGUCACAUUUUUCCAAUAAUACUUUAAGUUCUUGCAGACUUACUUGGUAAAGUUUUAUAAUUUUGCAAUGUGCUCAGCAGAACUUUUUCAGUUCUGCUAAGUGUCAUGAAUGUUGCCUUUCCAAAAUCCAAAGUUAUGCUUUGAGUUCUGCUGACAUCUGCUGGUCCUGCUGGAGUAUAAACACUGAGAUGCUACAUUUUUAUUAAAUCUGUUGUAAAAAUA